UAUCCCAAAACUGCCACGCAGAUGUCGAGACGAGUGUAGUGUUAUUGUUUUGAACCGGCAAAUUCCUAUUUUCUCAGUGAUAUGGAGACAUCAGGAGGAUUUUCUAAGCUCAAACUGAGCCUAGAGAAACAGGAGCAUCUCGUGAAGUUAGCUAUUUUGACCAUAGCUGCAAUUUUGUCAUUUGCCACUCGUCUGUUCUCCGUGCUGCGGUUCGAGAGUGUCAUUCAUGAAUUUGAUCCCUAUUUUAACUAUCGCACAACUCGUUUUCUUGCCGAACAGGGUUUCUAUAGCUUUCACAAUUGGUUCGAUGAUCGUGCUUGGUAUCCUUUGGGUCGAAUUAUUGGUGGAACUAUAUAUCCUGGCUUGAUGAUAACAUCAGCCUUUCUCUAUCGCAUAAUGUGGCUACUCAAUAUUACCAUUGAUAUUCGCAAUGUAUGCGUCUUCUUGGCCCCUUUCUUCUCUUCCCUGACAACAAUUGUCACUUAUCUCCUGACCAAGGAGAUUCACAGUACAGGAGCUGGAUUGGUGGCUGCAGCAAUGAUUUCUAUAGUUCCAGGAUACAUUUCCCGAUCAGUGGCUGGAUCGUAUGAUAAUGAGGGAAUUGCCAUUUUCUGUAUGCUCCUCACGUACUACAUGUGGAUCAAGGCAGUCAAAACUGGCAUGAUCCUCUGGAGUACGCUAGCAGCUCUUGCCUACUUCUACAUGGUAUCCUCUUGGGGAGGCUAUGUCUUCCUCAUAAACCUCAUUCCUCUCCAUGUCCUUGCCCUAAUGAUCACUGGACGCUUCUCCCAUCGGAUCUACAUUGCCUACAGCAUUGUCUACUGCGUCGGAACCAUCCUCUCCAUGCAGAUCUCCUUCGUCGGCUUCCAACCUGUUCAGAGUUCUGAACAUAUGCUGGCCCUGGGUGUCUUUGGUCUAUGCCAAAUUCAUGCCUGUGUCGAUUUUUUGCGUUCCCGGAUGUCCCGAGAGCACUUUGAUAUUCUCUUCAAAGCCCUCUUGGGCUUCCUCCUUGGCGUCUCGCUCCUCGUGGGAAUCAUCCUGUCCAUCACGGGCAAAGUUUCACCCUGGACUGGACGCUUCUAUUCUCUCCUGGAUCCCAGCUAUGCAAAGAAUCACAUCCCAAUUAUUGCUUCGGUCUCCGAACAUCAACCGACAUCCUGGUCAUCCUUCUACUUUGACCUGCAAAUUCUAGUCUUCCUCUUCCCAGCCGGUCUCUAUCUCUGCUUCUCCAAGCUCACGGACGCCAACAUCUUCAUCAUCCUCUACGGAGUCACUAGCAUUUAUUUCGCGGGCGUAAUGGUUCGUCUGAUGCUCGUCCUGGCUCCUGUCAUGUGUGUCCUCUCGGGCAUUGCAGUGUCACAUCUGCUGGCCAAGUACAUCAGGAGCGUGGACAAUCCCCAAACAAAAGCACAGGAUCCCAAGAAGGCCAAGAAAUUCGAACAACAAUCGACAGUUUCCAGUGAAACUGCCAUUGCCUUUGUCUUUGUCCUCUCCUUCCUGCUCAUCACGUACACAUUCCACUGCACCUGGGUGACAUCGGAGGCUUACUCCUCGCCCAGCAUCGUCCUGGGAGCCCGAUCCCAUGACGGAGGACGCAUCAUCUUCGAUGACUUCCGAGAAGCCUACUAUUGGCUACAGAUGAAUACUCCCGAGGAUGCCAAGGUGAUGUCAUGGUGGGAUUAUGGGUAUCAAAUAACAGCAAUGGCCAACAGAACAAUUCUCGUGGACAAUAACACGUGGAACAAUACUCACAUUUCCCGUGUUGGCCAGGCAAUGGCUUCGACUGAGGAGAAGGCUUACGAGAUUAUGCGUGAGCUGGAUGUGGACUAUGUUCUGGUGAUUUUCGGUGGUCUCACUGGAUAUUCGUCAGAUGAUAUCAAUAAGUUCCUGUGGAUGGUACGCAUUGGAGGUAGUACGGAUCGUGGGGCUCACAUCAAGGAGCAGGACUACUAUGCGCCCAGUGGGGAGUUCCGGGUGGACAAAGAGGGCUCUCCUACGCUUCUCAAUUGUCUCAUGUACAAGAUGUGCUACUAUCGCUUUGGCCAGGUGUACACGGAGGGUGGGAAACCGCCGGGGUAUGAUCGGGUGAGAAGUGCUGAGAUUGGGAAUAAAGACUUUGAGCUGGAUGUGUUGGAGGAGGCCUAUACCACGGAACACUGGCUUGUGAGGAUAUACAAAGUGAAAGAUCUCCGAAAUCGGGGAGUUUGAAGCAAAAAGAAACAAAAUAAAGUCGCAAAAGCAUCGCCUUCCUCGAUUUUGCUGUAACAUCACAAAAAAUUCAAGCAACAUCCAAGUACACUGGCGGGAAAUGAUAAAGUACCCUUUUCAAGGGUUUUUUUUUUCUAAUCCUGUCCAGAAAUUUUCUCUUAGCAUUUUUUUUUUUCGCCUCAAAAACGUAAAUAAUGAAUUUCCAGUGUUAAUUGCCGAGAGAUUAAUAUUUGUACAAAAAAAACAAAAGAAAAAAAUGAAAAUAAAAUGUGAAACAGCGAGGUGGAAAAAAUAAUCACAGGAUUUUUUUUCUACUGUAAAAUGUACCAUUUAUUGUAAUAUUUUCUUCUCUCUCUGAUUCUUUUUUUUUCUCAAUAAAUAUUGCAAAUUA